AUGGAAAAUCGUAGGGGUGUCGAACGAGGUUCAUACAUAUGGGGGCGCAGUGUACACAACAUUUGCAUCGAACGUCUCUGGCGCGAUGUGACUCAGGGCUUUGGGAGGAAGUGGAAGUUGUUCUUCCAGCUCCUGGAGGUUCAUCACGACCUGAAACCGAACCUGGAUGCUCACAUCUGGCUACUGCAUCAUGUAUUUCUUGAUGCACUGAAUGAAGAUGCCAUUCAGUGGGCAGAAGCCUGGAAUCAUCAUCAAUUACGCAUUCCAGGUGGAGGGCAGCAGAGCCCUCGAGAUCUAUUCUUCUUUGGCAUGAUUCAGAAUGGUGCCCGCGGCUAUGAUCCGACUUCACUUCCAGGUGACAGUGAGAUUGGCGACAUACAGGAGUACGGAAUCGAUUGGGAGGAUUACAAUGACAAUAACAUUCAAAAUCAUCAUGACAAUGUGAACACUACAGAUUCAGAUGACCAGGCUCAAAACCCCUUCUUCACGCAUCAACCUCAGCAUCUCUCUGAUAUUCGUGUCCCUGAAACAUACAGCCCUUUGACCCAUCAGCAAGUGGAACAUCUGGAUGAUUAUCUUGCAGGUCAUCCCGACAGCAGAUCACAGAGCAUGGACAGGCGAAGGUCACUUUGGGUAGAUGCGCUGAAUUUUUGCGUGGAGAUGUUCAAUGUCUCCUAUCCCCAGUGA